ACUGAGCGAACCGAUCAAUGCACACCUCUCGCAGGUGUAACUUAUACGGGGUGUGAGUCGUGUGAUAUAGAGUACCCAUGAAAUUUUGAAUAAUCAAAAAGAUCAGCAAAAACUCUGGUUCUAUCACCAACUAAAACAUUUCUGCCUGCAAAUCCCCCCUUCUCUCCCCCUUUCCCACUAAUGUCCCGACUCUCAAAUAAGUUAUAAGUAGGGUUUAGUCUGUUCUGUAUGUUUUCUUAAAUUUAUCAUAACUUCAACCAUUUAUUUCUCUCUGAUUCGGAUCUGUACAAAUCUAGGGUUUUCAAUUGGUCAUGGUUUUUCAAAGAUCAUUUGAUUUGAACUUCUGAGCUUCAAGUUGAAAAAAAAAAUGCAGAGUUCAGGGAACUCAAUUGCUCAAGCAGAAGCAAUAUUAGAAUGGCUUCAAAAAGAAAUGGGUUACAGACCACAAGGUCCUUACUUGUCAUCAAACAAACCAAUGUUACCUUCAAUCGAUUCAAUUCGAAAAAUUUGUCGUGGAAAUAUGGUUCCAGUUUGGCAUUUCUUGUUGCAAAGAGUUAAAUCAGAGAAAACAGUGGAGAAAAUUAGGAGAAAUAUACUUGUUCAUGGAAGUAGUGAUGGUACAACUGAAGGGUCAUCGACAUCUACUAGUGAAGAUGUGAGAAGAAAAGGAAGGAAACGAGAGAAAGAAAAUGUUAAAUUAAGAUUUGAUAGAGAAAGAUCAGAUGGGUCUUCUUCUUCUUCAGAUAGUAGAGAGAUUGCUUUAGCAGAAAGAGAUUUAGCUGAGAAAGAAGUUGAAAGGUUAAGACAAGUCCUUCAGCGACAGAGAAAAGAACUAAGGGGAAGAAUGUUGGAGGUGUCUAGGGAGGAAGCAGAAAGAAAAAGAAUGCUUGAUGAGAAGUCUAAUCACAGACACAGGCAAGUUAUGCUGGAGGCUUAUGAUCAGCAAUGCGAGGAAGCCACCAAAAUAUUUGCCGAGUAUCAAAGACGAAUUCAUCACUAUGUUAAUCAAGCAAGGAGGUCUACUGGUGGCACAUUUGAUGUAACUGACGAUUUCCACCCAAAUAGUGAGAAAGAAGCAGUUUAUUCAACUGUUAAGGGCAACAAAUCAUCUGAUGAUAUCAGUCUUGUUGAGACUGCUAGGGACAGAAAUAUUAGGAUUGCUUGUGAAGCCCUUGCUGAACAUAUGAUUGAAAAAAUACGCAAUUCCUUUCCUGCUUAUGAAGGAGGUGGUAUUCAUGUGAACUCUCAGUUAGAAGCUGCCAAAUUAGGCAUUGAUUCUGAUGGAGAAGUACCUGAUGAGGUGAAGGCUGCUGUUUUAAAAGCCCUAAAGAAUCCUCCUCAACUUCUUCAGUCAAUUACAAUGUACACCAUGCGGCUGAAAACAUUGAUUAGUAGAGAGACGGAGAAAAUUGAUAUCAGAGCUGACGCAGAACUCUUGAGAUACAAGUAUGAGAACAACAGAGUAAUGGAUGCUUUGUCUUUGGAUGCAACAUCACAAUUACAUUCUCAACUAUAUGACCCUGGGAAGAUAGGAGUUGAUGUUCCGAGCAAAGGUACUCACAGUCAGCUUCUCGAGAGACAGAAAGCACAUGUUCAGCAGUUUGUGGCUACUGAAGAUGCUCUAAAUAAAGCUUCAGAAGCUCGAAAUCUAUGCCAAAAGCUUAUAAAGCAUCUGCAUGGGAACUCUGAUGUAGAUAACCAACACUCAGUUUCUGCUGGCAGCACAUCACAGAAUGCAGGCAGUCUGAGACAGUUUGAGUUGGAGGUCUGGGCCAAGGAAAGAGAAGCAGCUGGAUUAAAAGCGAGUUUGAACACAUUGACAUCUGAAGUCCAGCGCUUGAAUAAACUGUGUACAGAGUGGCAAGAAGCUGAAGAGUCUUUGAGAAAAAAGUGGGAGAAGAUUGAAGAGUUUGACGCACGCAGAUCAGAGCUAGAAUCCAUAUUUACGUCUCUCAUUAAGGCUAACAUGAACGCUUCUGCAUUCUGGCAUCAGCAGCCAUUAGCUGCACGGGAGUAUGCUUCAAGUACCAUAAUUCCGGCAUGUGCAGUCGUCACAGACAUAUCAAAUAAUGCAAAGGAUCUUAUCGAGAAGGAGGUUGCAGCUUUCUAUAGAAGUCCUGAUAACAGCCUUUACAUGCUGCCGUCUACUCCACAGGGUCUCUUGGAUUCCAUGGGUGUGAGUGGGUCAACAGGACCCGAAGCAGUUGCAGCUGCAGAAAAAAGUGCCGCUCUAUUGACUGCUAGGGCUGGUUCUAGAGAUCCAUCAGCAAUUCCUUCUAUAUGCCGCGUAUCUGCUGCCCUUCAAUAUAAUGCUGGUCUGGAAGGUUCAGAUGCUGGAUUAGCAUCAGUUUUAGAAUCUCUUGAGUUCUGUUUGAAGCUAAGGGGUUCCGAGGCAAGUGUUCUGGAGAACUUAUCGAAGGCUAUUAACUUGGUCCAUUUACGUCGUGAUCUUGUUGAAAGUGGUCAUUCACUGCUAAACCAUGCAUUCCGUGCACAACAAGAAUGUGAUAGGACAACAAGCCAUUGUUUGACAUUAGCUUCUGAACAAGAAAAGAUUGUUGUAGAAAAAUGGUUGCCGGAACUUAGAACUGCUGUUUUGGACGCCCAAAAAUGCUUGGAAGAUUGUAAGAAUGUCAGGGGUUUGGUUGAUGAAUGGUGGGAGCAACCUGCUGCAACAGUUGUUGACUGGGUAAAGGUUGAUGGCCAAAAUGUGGCUGCCUGGCUCAACCAUGUUAAACAGCUGCAAAUGGCAUUUUAUGACAAGCAGCUUCUUUGAGUGAAAUUUUCGUUCCUGUGUAUUAUUUGUAACAUAGUGCAGCAUUUGUAGUUCUUGGGUUGUCGAGGUGGUUUUGAUUUAUAUCUCAGAGUUGAUUAAUAAGCUGUCAGUUCAUGUAGGGAAUGCUUCAAAAAAAAAAAGAAAAAAAAAAGUUCAUGUAGGGAGAAAAAAAAGGGUCAUGCGUUUGUGUACAUUUUGAUUCAUGUAAUUUCAAUUCAUAUGAUUUUUGUGUGUA